ACAUUGACACCACCUUCAACAUGUCACCUCAAGCAGCUUGCAGCAGCUGGCCUAGCUGGUAGCAGCACAAUCUACAACUACCACACAAACUCGUUCCAGAGCGCUGCAGAGGGCCAUUUCUCUGAAGAGAAACUCAGAAGAAAUCCCAGGAGAACGCUACACAUCUGCUCUUCUAAUACCUGCAACCAUGUUUCGAAGCUCUGUGGAGACAAAGCAGCGGCGGGAGCUUCUCUUUGAAGUGCAUGAGAAGGUGGCUGACAUCGCCACACAGAUCGCCAAUGAGCCAAGCGUGGGCCUUUACUAUGUGCAACAACAUGUCCAAAAGGCUGUUCCGGCGUUGGUUGAUGCAAAGAAGCAAGUUGCCCACGGGCGGGACAUUACCAACUUUGUGGGGGAAGACGUGAAAACUGCCACUACCACCAUCCAAGGCAUGAAAGAAAGCCCUGCCAGCUCUGAAGGCUAUGAGAGGCCAUGCAGGCUCCGCUCUGCCUACACCUCUGGCUACCCCUCGUGCCACCCCACCUUCCAGCCCCAAGAAGGGGAACAGGUCGCCCUGGAAAGGUUUCAGCGCUGGCAGGCCGCCUAG